AUGGCCGAAAUGGGCGCGUUCAAAACGGACAAUCCGCUGCCGGCCCCAGCGGUCACCAACAACAUUUCCGAACAUACGCUUGACGGCGAAGAAUGGAAGCACCGUGCUCCAUAUCAGGUUCAGUCCCCCGACGAGUUUGGCCCGAUCAAGUGGCGCGCCCAGUGCAAAUGCAGACGAGUUUCAUACGCCGUCAAACGAGACAAACCUCUGAAUGCCAAGUUUUGCCAUUGUCGCGGAUGCCAGGUCAUGCAUGGGGCUCCCUUCCAAUGGGCUGCCAUCUUCCACAAGCACGACUUGAGCUUUACCAACGGUUCCGCCGGCUUAUCCUUCUACUCGGCGUCCCACGACUCCCAGAAGUACGACGUGCCGACCAAAGUGUCCUGUUCCUUCUGUCAUACUCUCAUCAUGGACGAGGGCCGCAAUAUGUGCCUGGUGUUUCCUCAAUUGAUCCAGUUGGAGGGCUCGCAGGACGAGCAGCGAAAGCAGAGGGAUGCGUUCCGCCCAACGUAUGUAUAUGUAUGCCGCCUACCCAGGCUGAACAUGACCGUUGACCUGUCUUCCAGGUGUCACAUCUUUUACGAACAGCGCAUGAUGGAUAUUCCCGAUGGAAUCACCAAAUGGUCCGGGAUGGACGAGAAUAGCCAGCGUAUGGAUGACCAAGGGGCAGUCAUGGAGUCGUAA